AUGAGAUUCAUCAUUUUAGGAUUAGUUUGUUUUGCAGUCCUGGCUGCUACCGCAGACCAAGAUCUACGUCAAACCUUUAAGGAUUGGAAAGUAACUUUCAACAAGAAUUACGGAGGUGGACUCAGAAAUGAACUGGCCCGAUUCCGUCAGUUCAAGAAGUCUGCUCAGACUAUCGAAUACAUAAACUCUAUCCAGAGUGAUUGGGUGGCUGGGUUCACACUGUUUGCAGAUAUGACUGAUGAGGAGAAGGCUGCCUUCACCGGGCUGAAGUUGAACGACACCGCAUCAGAGCCGAGCGUAGAAUACGGUCAGAAUCCACUGGACCCCACCGAUCCCGAAAAGCAAUAUUGGGACAUGGGUCCUGUCAAGAAUCAAUGGAAGGAUAAUCCCUACAAAGGUAAUGACCGCGAAUGCACAGAGUUGAAGACCCCUCACUCCAAUGGUCUGCGCAGAGCCAAGCCCUACGCUCACCUUGCCCGGUAUGGGACAAGGAAUGAUGCAGGGUUACAACACGCUCUAGCUACAGAGGGACCCGUAGUGGUGUACAUAUACAGCUCCUGGGCUCUUCCUUUCUAUACUACCGGCACCUACAGAGGGACAGGGUGUGGGACAAACCCCCAAUACAACCACGCAGUGGUGGCAGCUGGAUAUGAGAAAGAUUACUGGUACGUGAAGAACAGUUGGGGGAGUCUGUGGGGUUACAGUGGUUACGUCUACUUCUCCAGAGGUUGGGAGAACCUCUGUUCCAUCUCUAGUUCCAGAAAAACUAUCGAGUGGAGGGCUAACAAUGAAUGGAAGAUUUGUACAGACACCCAUCCCUCGGAGCGGACACCAUGUGACUCCAGUGCCAACCUGAACCAGGAGGUCUGUCAGGCUAGAGGCUGCUGUUAUGAUUCCAACUACGCGGGAACUGCCGCUCAGUGCUUCAUCAAGGGCAAGGUAACUAUUUACGACGAUGAAGGGAAGAGGCGAGUUUUGUACGCCUCAGCUGAAGAGUUUAGUCAGUUCGAAUUCAGCUACUACGGAAAAGCGGCUCAGGUGGAAAUAGGAUCCUGGAAACUGUUCGUCGAAGAUGAUUACUAUGGGGACUAUAAGAUAAUCAAACCAGAAGAUGGUAAAGUUACUUUCGACUUCCAAUCUGUACAAAUAUUAAAUUAG